ACUUACUGACUGACCAGUGACUCGGCCAAAGAGGCCAGUAGGCGCUCUUAAUCAUCUACUUCAACGUUUACGUCACGGACCCUACGACGGAAGCUACUAGCUACAAAACCAAGGAGUUUUUAAUGACUACUCGAUCAUUUAGGAACAGUUUUAGCGCACCACACCUGAUACCUUUUACCUGGAGGCUUGUGACCAUGGCUGUGGGGACGUGUUGGCCAUCGAUAGGGUGUCAACCGACAUGACUCUCACCGUAAAGAAGGACAUUCCUGCAUCAGCUGAGACCAGGCCAAUAUGUGGAGUCAUGGGUACCGUGCGUCUGGUGGCAGGUAUGUACCUGAUUGUCAUUACCAAGAAGACCAAGGUGGGCGAUCUCUUUGGCCACGUCGUAUGGAAGGCUUUGGAUUUUGACAUCAUCUCCUACAAGAAGACAAUAAUACAUCUAACAGACAACCAGAUGCAAGACAGCAAGACCUACUUGUCCAUGAUCAACAAUGUCCUCCGUACAGCCAGCUUCUACUUUGCAACAGACUAUGAUCUUACCCACACUCUGCAGCGGCUGGCCAACACCAGUCCUGAAUUUCAGGAGAUGAGCCUCCUGGAGAGGGCAGAUCAGCGUUUUGUUUGGAAUGGCCAUCUGCUGAGGGAGUUCAUUGCACAGCCAGAGUUGCACAAGUUUGUAUUUCCUGUCAUCCAUGGAUUCAUCACCAUGAAGUCCAGCUGUAUCAACGGCAAAGUCUUUGACUGGACUAUUAUCUCAAGGAGAAGCUGCUUCAGAGCUGGUGUGCGAUACUACGUCCGAGGGAUCGACUCCGAGGGCCAUGCUGCCAACUAUGUGGAGACGGAGCAGAUCGUGCAGUGCAACACUGCCAAGGCUUCCUUUGUUCAGACCAGAGGCUCGAUCCCCUUCUACUGGUCCCAAAGGCCUAACCUCAAGUACAAGCCGAGACCACAGAUCAGCAAAACCGUCAACCAUCUGGAUGGAUUCCAGAGACACUUUGACUCUCAGAUUCUUCUUUACGGCAAACAAGUCAUCUUGAACCUGAUCAACCAGAAGGGCUCAGAAAAGCCACUGGAGCAGGCCUUUGAAAAGAUGGUGGCCAGCCUUGGAAACGGCACCAUCAAGUACGUGGCGUUUGACUUCCACAGGGAGUGCAGUCGGAUGAGGUGGCAUCGCCUCCAGCUCUUGUUGGACAUGGUUGCUGAGCUCCAAGAGGAAUUUGGGUAUUUCCUGGUGGAUUCAGACGGGAAGGUGCUGUUGAACCAGGAGGGGGCAUUCCGGAGCAACUGCAUGGACUGUCUGGACCGUACCAAUGUCAUCCAGAGUUUGCUGGCCAGGCGCUCCCUACAGUCACAGCUCCGGAGAAUGGGCAUCCUCCACGCCAACCAGCACUUGGAGGACCAAGCAGAUUUUGAGAAGAUGUACAAGAAUGCUUGGGCAGACAACGCAGAUGCUUGCGCCAAACAAUAUGCGGGCACCGGAGCCUUGAAGACCGACUUCACCAGGACCGGCAAAAGAACUCAGUGGGGGCUGCUGAUGGACGGCUGGAACUCGAUGAUCCGAUAUUACAAGAACAACUUCUCCGAUGGCUUUCGACAGGACUCCAUCGACCUGUUCCUGGGCAACUUUGCUGUGGAUGAAGGCGAUACCACGACACCACUGCGAGAGCCCAAGGACUGGAAGUUUCUGACGUUGCCGAUCAUCAUGGUGGUGGCAUUCUCCAUGUGCAUCAUCUGCUUGCUCAUGGCCGGCGACACCUGGACCGAAACUCUGGCUUACGUUUUGUUCUGGGGAACAGCCAGCGUGGUGACCGGCGGCCUGAUCCUCUUCAACGGGCGGGACUUUGUGGACGCACCCAAGCUGGUCCAGAAAGAGAAGCUGGACUGAAUGUGUGUGUGUGGAAAGCAGCUCACUACCUCAUCAUCGCCUUACCCCCAGCAUCAUCAUCAUCAUCAUCAUCAUCAUCAGGCCUGGAGCCUGUACUAGCCCCAGAGGAGCCUGUACUAGCCCCAGAGGAGCCUGUACUAGCCCCAGAGGAGCCUGUACUAGCACCAGAGGAGCCUGUACUAGCACCAGAGGAGCCUGUACUAGCACACAGAAGAGCCUGUACUAGCACCAGAAGAGCCUGUACUAGCACCAGAGGAGCCUGUACUAGCACCAGAGGCUGGAGUGGAGGAAGGUGAGGUCAGCGGCUGCUAUCCACACUGUUCUUAUGUACAUAUUCAUAUAUAUAUUUGUGUGUCUGUGUAUUUAUAUACUUAUAUAUAUAUAUAUAUAUAUAUAUAUAUA